AUGGCGUUGACGGUGGCGGCCGAGAGGGAGAGCAGCAGGGGAUCAGAGCAAGAGCAAGGAGGAGGAGUCAAGCUGGCGCGCGGCGGCGGCGAGGAGAGGACGAGGCGGCGGGAGCACAUGUUCGACAAGGUGGUGACACCCAGCGACGUGGGGAAGCUGAACCGGCUGGUGGUGCCCAAGCACUUCGCCGAGCGGCACUUCCUCCCGCAGCUGCUCCCCGCCGCAGGCCUCGCGGCGGCGAGGCUCGCAGGCGCCGUGCUGCGGUUCGAGGACAGCCGCGGCGGCGGGCGGGCGUGGGCCUUCCGCUUCUCCUACUGGAGCAGCAGCCAGAGCUACGUCAUGACGAAGGGGUGGAGCGCCUUCGUCCGUGACCGCCGCCUCGCCGCCGGAGACACCGUCUCCUUCUGCCGCGCCGGUGCGCGCCUCUUCAUCGACUGCCGGCGGCGCCGCGGGAUUCCACCGCCGGCCGCCCCAAAACCCUUCGUGCCAUUUAUGGGACUGGUCGCCACAGCGCAGAGGACAACGUUGGACGAGGCGCGCCGGCAGUUCGUGCGUUUGUUCGGCGUGGACCUCGAGGUCGCCGGCGCUGACGAGCCGCCGGUGUUGCUAGAUCUGCAGCUAGCCCUGAUGAGAUGA